AUGCUCCACUACCGCACACAGGGCUACAACGGUUGUGCAGUCAAAUACUCCCCCUUCUUCGACAAUCGAUUAGCUGUUGCCAGUUCGGCCAAUUUUGGCCUUGUUGGAAAUGGCCGAUUAUAUAUUCUGGAGUUGACCCCCAACGGGAUCGUGCCGAUGAAAUGGUUUGCAAUCGCCAGGUUCACAACACAAGACUCCCUUUACGACCUAGCAUGGUCCGAGAUCCACGAGAACCAAGUACUCACAGCGUCGGGCGACGGCAGCAUCAAGCUCUUCGACUGCUCGGCCAAUGACUUCCCGGUGCAAAACUGGAAAGAACAUGCGCGCGAGGUAUUCAGCGUCAACUGGAAUAUGAUCGCCAAGGAUCGGUUCUGCUCCAGUAGCUGGGACGGCACCGUCCGCGUCUGGUCGCCGCAUCGCCCGCAGUCCCUCCUCACCCUCCCCACCCACAGCUGCACAUACUCGGCCUCCUUUUGCCCACAUAACCCAGACUUAGUCUCGUGCGUCACGUCAGAUUCGUAUGUGCGCGUCUUCGACCUCCGCACCCCAGCCUCUGCCUCCAACCACCUUACCGUCCAGAUCCCCAUCCACGCUGCUCCCGCUGCCCCGGCUAUCCCCGGCCCGCCGGGUGUGCCACCUGCAUCAUGUCCGCCCUCCGAGGCGCUCACACACGACUGGAAUAAAUACCGCCCCACCGUUCUCGCGACUGCUGGCGUCGACCGCGCCAUUCGGACAUUCGAUAUUCGCGCCCCGCAACAUGGACCCUUGGCUACAAUGCUCGGGCAUGAUUACGCCGUGCGCAAAGUGGCAUGGUCACCACACUUGUCGAAUGUUCUUCUCAGUGCCAGCUACGACAUGACCUGUCGUGUUUGGAAUGACCCCUCUGAUGCAGGUCCAGGCAGCGAUGUGGAUUUGAUGCGCUCUGGUCCCGUCUCCCCGGUGGCCGGGGUGGAAUUGGGCCGGAUGGCGAGACAUACCGAGUUCGUGACCGGCGUGGACUGGUGUUUGUUUGGAAGUGAGGGCUGGUGUGCUAGUGUUGGUUGGGAUGAGAGCCUCUAUGUGUGGGAUGUUCGAGGCGCAAUGGGAUAG